AUGGGCGAUAAUGAAAAUAAUUCCGAUUUAAUACAACAAUGUAGAACUGGUAAUGAAUUAAAAACAAAAGAAGAAAUGCAAAAACUUGAUGAUUUAAAACGAGUAUGGAAAAAGCUUAAAUGUUAUUCUGAAUUUAUUGAAUUGAAAAAACGAAAUAUAAUUGAAUUUCAAGAAUUAUGUCUAAGAACCGCAGUAGCAGAGAAAAAUGAAUCACAAGGUCUGCAGCUUCUAGCUGCUAUUUGUCAUGAAUUAGCUAAUAUUAAUACAUUGAAAUUAUUUGAUAAUCCCGCGAUUAUUGAUCAUGAAUUAUUUAUUUUUAUACAGCAUACAAUAUCUCUGUGGCAUAACGUGACAUAG